AUGGGUAGAAAAAGUAAGAUCAAGCCUGUGCCGGAACCGAUUCUCAGACUUCCCCUCAUACCCGAAAGUGAAGUUGCGGACCGGGAAGCCAAGUACCUAAUCCGUCUAAAUGACUUUAACAAUAGUGCGGAUUUAGUAAAGCGUGCUCAUAGAGACUUCUACGAACAGCAGGUUCACAGGGCAGGCCAGGAGCACUGGGAGCAUCAUUUGCGUUGUGAUGGACUACCUCGUCCUUAUCUGCCCGUCGAAGUGCGAACUUUUAUAUCGAAAAUGCGUUUCUACGAUGACGUUGAGUCCAAGAAUUCAAUAGACUGGACCUUGUCGAUCGACGAGCGGUCGGUCUUGAAUCAAAAUAUCUUCAGGGUGGACAAAACCCGACCAGCUAUGAAGGUCAAUAAGGAUAAUCCGGGCGUGCACUUUGAUCGAAACGUUCAGAUGUGUCUGGACACAUUGAGACUUAUGGACGUGAUGUGGGACAAUCAGGCUGAAGUGGUUCGAAUGUCUGAAAAACGGCAAAAGGAUGUCUUGGAAGUUACUACCGAAGUAGAAUUAGAAAUCGAUGAUUUAUUUGAUCGUCUUACUUAUAGAGUAUUGAAAAUGCAAAACUCGUAUAUGGAGUCUGAAGAUGGCAGAGUUGCUGCGUGGAGCUACAAAUGUAAGCCAUGGAAAAUUGAUAUGUGGGGUCUACUGAACGUUCCCAUUAUCUUUGAUCAGUUGGAAUUGCCUGUUAUGUUAGCUGAGCUUAAGGCUACAGGUGUUUCCGUUCAGAUACCGAAAAGUGUUCUGCAAGAUUGCAUAACCCUACGUAGUUUACAUACGGAUUUCGACAACAUCUCGCAAAAUGCAAAAAGUUUCGAAACAGCAGUAUCUGGAUCGGUCAAUUAUCCCACCGCUGGAAUAGUCGAUAUAGAGGAUUCGGUGAUUAACGAGUGGCAAAUGCAGCUGGAACUCCAAGAGGAGACCUUGAAUUUGAUGUUGAACAGGCGAAGGGAGUAUGAGGAAAUGAUGCAGAUCAUUGCUGAGAAAACGGAGGCGGCAGCCAAGGCGGCUAAGGCGGGUGAUGAGAAUGCAGUCAAAGUUGUAAUACCAAAAGCUCCAAAAGAGCCACCAUAUGUUCCACCUAACAUGUACCCCGAUAUCUAUGCCGAUUUUUUAAGAAUGGAGGAUAGCCAGUAUUUAGGGUACUUCGAUGAGGUAUAUCAUCCCAGGCAUUUAGAUAUCCAGCCAUAUGAGAUUAAUCUCAGGGAGUGCAUCAUGCUUGGCGGCAUCUAUGCUAUAAUGUUCAUACGACGGCCUGACCAAACGCAGUUUCAAAAGUUUAACAUUAUUUUGCAUGAGGAUGGUCGGGUGCUUCAUACCAUGCCUGAAAUAAAGGCCCAAACAGGGGACUUUCGCAAAUCGAAGAUACCCAGAAUGACCAGGGAGACGUAUCGUGGCACAAAGAUCAAGUUAGAAGAUGACGAACUACCAUAUUUCAUUGUUACCCUUCAGUUGGCACCAGAUCUUUGCAAGUGGAGUGAGCCUGAGGUUUGUCAUUAUAUUUCGGAAACGGAGUUCGUUUCGAUCGAUUCUAAACGUGAAUAUGUUUGGAGACCAACGAUGCAAAGUUCGAUCAUAAAUAGGUCAUCGGAAAUGAGUAUGAGCGUUUUGGAUAGUUCCAUCGUACGCGAAAGUCGACAUUCAUUAGAGUCAGCGAAUAUAUUUCGACCCACUCUUCGGUCAUUCCUCAGACAAAGUAAAAUAGAAUUCUCACAGGGAAACCAAAUUGUUAUGGAAAACUUUAAACUGCAGAAGAAAUUAAACAACGUGGAGAUUAGAGCCUUGGAAAGACAUGGCAUACCGCGUAUUAUCUCGUCAUUUAGGUUUCCCGUAGAUUUUUCCGAUGCCAAGCGAGAGGGGGUCAAAACGGGAGCAAAGGGUUUGGUCAAGCGUCAAGAAAUAGAAGAAGCUACUAUUACACAGCCUAAGACCUUAGAUUUUAAUUUUGAAGCUCAGGUUAAACAUCCGGAACGUGUAUUUGUCUAUUUACCACCCGUUAAACAUGUCGGAAAUCCCGAACCACUCGAUGAUUUGGAACCAGAACCUCUUGACAAUACUACAGCGCUUGGACUUUUAAAAACCUUUGACGACAUUAAUAUGAAAUAUCGUCAAUUACCGAUUGAUUUCUUAAGUCAGCCAGACGAACCUGAUAAGAAAAGAUCACAAAGAAAGGAAGUAAGGGAAGAACCAGAAGAAAUACAAGAAGUACAGACAGUAAAACGCAAGUCCGAAAUGAAAAAAAGAAGUGGUAGCAAGCAUGGACGAGUCAGUAGCGACUUAGGAGAGAACUUUGAGGAGCAAUGGGAAGAGCGCGAUGUGACCCAUUGGACCACAAAGUACAUUAAGAACCCUGAAGUUGACAGAGAGCGUAAUAUUGUUACCUUUAAAACAGAUCGCUUGGGCCUUUUUGGAUUGGCCUUCAAGCGAUACGAGCAUUUUCCCUUUCGUGAAUGGUCCUUGCAGCCAAGUGAGGAUAAUCCGGAUGAGAUCAUUCUAAGCGUCGAUACCUUCCAUGUACGUAUAUUUUUCUAUAUUACAGCCAAAGGAGUGCGGGGCUAUGUAACUGAUCUGAGCAAGGGUUAUGUAGCUAAGCCUGUGAAAUAUCUAGAGAUUGUAGAGCCCAUAUCAGACUUUAGUCAAAUGCGGCAGAUAUUCAUUAAGAAGAACAUCAAUAUCUUUGCCGAGAAUGAUGCUAGUUACUAUAUCGAAAAUGGUUACUUCUCCAUCAAGCACGUGGCUCUGGAGAUGCACACCUACGACAUCAUGGCUUUGCAUUGCAAACUAAUGAAGUUCUAUCGAUCAAGUUGGAAUCGAUUGGCCUCGCGAAGGGACAUUAUUAUGGGCAUGAAGAUUGCAAAAGAUAAUUCAGAUUAUAGCGAGGUUACAAUGCGAAUUACACCCGAGAAGACGAACUUUGUUAAUAUUACAGAAAACUGCUCGGAUAAAGUGAAUGUGAUUGAGCUUACCUAUACUGACACUUGGCGGAAUAUCAGUAACUUUACGGAUCUGCACCAGGCCAUAAACUCGAUGGUCCUUAAUGCCACAGAAAUGCGGAAUAAGGACUCCAUUCUUCUUUCGUAUGUCACGCGAAUGCUAAAGGAAAUAAGGCUACUAAGCUAUUCAUGAAAUUUC